AUGACAAGAAGUAAGUUCCUUGUCCCUCCUAACAGGAAAGGUGGCGUGAAGAAGCCGGCACCCAAUCAAAAUAGUACAUACCACUUUUGCCGUAGGAACCAUGGAUCAACCCCGUGUCCUGUGAGAACGGGAGCUUACUUUGGAUGUGGUCAGCACGGUCAUCACAUGAAGGACUGUCCAUGCCAAGCCGCGGGAGCGCAAGGAUCAGCGCAGCAGGUAGGACAACCUGCGAGGAACACCCCACCGAACCAAUUGAAUCGACCCCAAGUACAAGGAAGGGUCUAUGCUGUCAGAAGGAAAGAGGUGGAGGACUCGCCCGCCAUAAUUAUAGGUACGGUCUCAUUACACGACCAUGCUGCUUAUACUUUGUUUGAUUCUGGAGCUACCUAUUCGUUUGUGGCUAAGCAAUUUGUGGAGCUAUUGGGGUUAAGUCCGAAACCACUAAGAGUUGUCUAUAGUAUUUCUACCCCUUUAAAGGAUAGCGUAGUGUCUGCAGUAGGAUGUGCUGAUUGUAAAUUAUCUAUUGGUGGUCGUGAGGACAGCAUAGAUUUCAUUAUCUUGACGAUAUUUGACUUCAAUGUGCUUAUUGGAAUGGAUUGGCUCACCAAGCAACCAGCCACAGUAAAUUGUUAUCGUAAGACGAUUCAAUUUGAGCCUUUAGGGAGUGUUGGGUUUGAGUUUGUCGGAAAUCGAGGAGGACCAUCAAUUCCUUUGAUCUCAUCACUUGAAGUUACUCGAUUGUUGGAUGAAGGUUGCCAAUGUUAUUUGGCAACUGUAGUUGACACUCUGGUAGAGGAAUCGAAGGUGCAAGACAUAGCUAUAGUAUGA